UUAACUAUGCUAUGCAAUUUUUUUGUGCCUACAUUGGAGCUGGAGAGCAUUUGUGAGGACAGAGUGGUUGUAGAUAGACAAACCCAGUUAAACUUUGUCCCUGUGCUUAGGUCUGGAGAGUGGUCUGACAUUGGGGGUCGUUCCCAUAUGGAGGAUACUCAUAUAUGCAUUAAUGACUUGGCUGAGAAAUUUGGCUCUAAUGUACUUGAUAAGGAAGCUGUCUCCUUUUAUGGGGUAUUUGAUGGACAUGGAGGUAAGGGUGCAGCACAGUUUGCUCGUGAUCAUUUGCCAAGAGUCAUAGUCGAAGAUGCCGACUUUCCCUUAGAGCUUGAGAAGGUGGUGACAAGAUCGUUUAUGGAGACGGAUGCUGCUUUUGCAAGAACGUGUUCUCUUGAAUCUUCCCUAUCAUCUGGCACAACUGUACUAACUGCAAUGAUUUUCGGGAGAUCUUUGCUUGUGGCAAAUGCUGGGGAUUGCCGGGCAGUAUUGUCCCGAAAUGGACGUGCUGCAGAAAUGUCAAGCGAUCAUAGACCCAGCUGCAUAAAAGAAAGGACACGGGUUGAGUCUCUGGGAGGAUAUGUCGAUGAUGAGGAUUAUUUGAACGGCCAGUUAGGUGUCACCCGUGCAUUAGGCGAUUGGCACCUCGAAGGAAUGAAGGAGAUGGGUGACAAGGGAGGACCACUGAGUGCUGAACCAGAACUCAAAUUGAUAACACUAACUAAAGACGAUGAGUUUUUGAUCAUUGGCAGUGAUGGUAUAUGGGAUGUCUUCAGGAGCCAAAAUGCUGUAGAUUUUGCUCGACGGAGACUUCAGGAGCACAACAAUGUGAAGCUCUGUUGCAAGCAAAUAGUCGAGGAGGCAACAAAGCGAGGAGCAACCGACAAUUUGACUGUUGUCAUGGUAAGUUUUCACUCAGAGCCGCCUCAGCAUGUGGUGGUGGAGAGGCCUAGAGUGAGAAGAAGCAUUUCUGCAGAGGGACUUCACAAUCUCAAAUGCAUACUUGAAGGAUAGGAUUUGUACCUUUAUCUUUGAUGAUCUUUCCUCCGAAAGGCGAAGUGCAGAAUCAUUCGACAAGAGAACUCAGUUGAUUCAAUCAUAACUCUGUUUGUACAUAUUCAUCUACAAGAAGAAACUUCCUUUUUCUCUCACGCGUUUAAUUUUGAUGCCUCAAUGGGGGCUUAGUGAAGGGAUGGAAGGAAACAACACAUACAUUAGAUCACUAAAUUUUAAGACAAAACACCUAUAGUUCCUUUUCUUUCUUCUUUUUCCACUCAGUUGUGUCAGCAAUAAGAGAGAUCUUAAGAUGAUGAAAGGAACUGUGUUCUACAUCUGCCGAUCUGCGGCAGGCUAAUCUGUAAAUACAUUGUUUGAGCAUUGUAAUAUCAGUUCUUCAAUACAUAUGCUUACCGGUAUAUACUUUAUUUGCUAG